CUUUAAGAAAAGACACUUAAUCCAGCUUCAGUUGCCUAGAGUAAGACUUGCUGAGGGACGGGUUUUUAAGAUUUGCUUUAAGAUUUCCAUCCAGCCAUCACUGGUACCUACGUUGUACUGAGCACAUGAUGGAAUUUCUGUUCUGUUACUCCCAGGCCAUUCACAUGGCAAACAUGACAAGCUACAUUCCCGGAAAGUCAGUACUGCAGCUCUUUUGGGACUACCUGCUCACCAAUUUUCAAGACACCCUUAGAUCUCCUCUGUUCCCGAUCAUACUGUCAGUGUCUACUUACUUUUUCUUGGUUACCCUUUUCACCCUCCUGGAUGUAUUGGCGUAUAUACUCCCAGGUAUCAAUCAAUACAAGAUUCAUUCGAAGAAGCAGGUGACGUUGAAUGAAAUCCUGAAGACUCUGGGACUAACUGUUUACAACCAUUUAGUCUUUAUUUUUCCUGCCACGGUAGCUCAGUGGUACUGGAGGCCACCGGUUCCUUUGCCAAAAGAAGCACCAAGUUUGUUGGAGUUUGUUUUCGGCAUCCUUGGAUGCACCAUCCUUUUUGACUUCCAGUACUACCUGUGGCAUAUGCUGCACCACAAAAUCAAGUGGUUGUACACCACUUUCCAUGCCAUCCAUCAUGAAUUUUACGAACCUUUCAGCCUUGUGACCCAGUACCUGUCUGCGUGGGAGUUAAUCUGCGUUGGCUUUUGGACUACAGUAGACCCGGUUUUUUUUCAGUGUCACUGCCUCACUGCAUGGAGCUUUAUGGUGUUUAAUGUCUGGAUCUCCAUUGAUGACCACUGUGGCUAUGACUUUCCUUGGUCAAUGCAUAAUCUGAUUCCUUUUGGACUGUGGGGUGGAUCCAUUAAGCAUUAUGCUCACCAUCAGAAGCCAAGCACAAACUUUGCACCUUUCUUCUCUCAUUGGGACUGGCUUGCCGGUACAGGGUCAGCCUGGGAACAUUCAGCUGCAUUCACAACCAGGCUGAAAAAAAAAAGUUAGGAACCUUUCAUUCUUUUUGGGUUUCCAUUUUAACAAUCCUUUCUGCUGCAACGCAAUGGAGGCUUCUUGCUUUAAAUUCACAUACGUCCAUUUUCGAGCAGUAAUGUAACUCGGAAAGGUCUGCAAUAUGGCUUGAGUUAAUUGUAAGGUAGUCAGUAU